AUAAAAAUUAAAAUGAACAAACUACGGCAGAGUUUUAGGAGAAAGAAAGAUGUUUAUGUUCCAGAGGCCAGUCGUCCCCAUCAGUGGCAGACAGAUGAAGAAGGGGUUCGUACUGGAAAAUGUAGCUUCCCAGUUAAGUACCUUGGUCAUGUGGAAGUUGAUGAAUCCAGAGGAAUGCACAUCUGUGAAGAUGCAGUGAAGAGAUUGAAAGCUGAAAGGAAGUUCUUCAAAGGCUUCUUUGGAAAAACUGGAAAGAAAGCAGUUAAAGCAGUCCUGUGGGUAUCAGCAGAUGGACUCAGAGUUGUGGAUGAAAAAACUAAGGACCUCAUAGUUGACCAGACAAUAGAAAAGGUUUCUUUCUGUGCCCCCGAUAGGAACUUUGAUAGAGCUUUCUCUUAUAUAUGCCGUGAUGGCACCACUCGGCGCUGGAUCUGUCAUUGCUUCAUGGCUGUCAAGGACACGGGUGAAAGGUUGAGCCAUGCGGUAGGCUGUGCUUUUGCAGCCUGCUUAGAACGGAAGCAGAAGCGGGAGAAGGAAUGUGGCGUGACUGCUACUUUUGAUGCUAGCCGGACCACCUUUACAAGAGAAGGGUCAUUCCGUGUCACAACAGCCACUGAACAGGCAGAAAGAGAGGAAAUCAUGAAGCAAAUCCAGGAUGCCAAGAAAGCUGAAGCAGAUAAGGCAGCUGUUGGCUCUUCAGUGGCCCCAGGCAACAGUGCCCCAUCACCGUCUUCUCCCACCUCUCCCACUUCGGAUGCCACGGCCUCUCUGGAGAUGAACAACCCCCAUGCCAUCCCGCGCCGGCAUGCACCGAUUGAACAACUUGCCCGCCAGGGUUCUUUCCGAGGAUUUCCUGCCCUUAGCCAGAAGAUGUCACCCUUUAAACGCCAACUUUCCCUGCGGAUCAAUGAGUUGCCUUCCACUAUGCAGAGGAAGACUGAUUUCCCCAUCAAAAAUGCAGUGCCAGAGUUAGAAGGGGAAGCAGAGAGCAUCAGCUCCCUGUGUUCGCAGAUCACCAAUGCCUUCAGCAUGCCCUCUGAGGAUCCCUUCUCAUCCGCUCCAAUGACCAAGCCAGUGACAAUGGCGGCACCACAGUCUCCUGCCUUUCAAGGGACGGAGUGGGGUCAGUCUUCUGGUGGUGCCUCUCCAGGUCUCUUCCAGGCUGGCCACAGACGCACUCCCUCUGAGGCAGACCGCUGGUUAGAAGAGGUGUCCAAGAGUGUCCGGGUUCAGCAGCCCCAGGCUGCAGCUGCUCCUCUGCAGCCCGUUCUCCAGCCUCCUCCACCUGCUGCCGUCUCCCAGCCAGCACCGCCUUUCCAAGGGAACGCAUUCCUCGCCUCUCAGCCCGUGGUGCCAGUCGGUGUGGUUCCACCCCUGCAGCCAGCCUUUGUCCCUGCCCAGUCCUAUCCUCUGACCAACGGGAUGCCCUACCCAGCCCCUAAGGUGCCUGUGGUGGGCAUCACUCCCUCCCAGAUGGUAGCCAACGUGUUCGGCACAGCAGGCCAUCCUCAGCCUGUCCACCCCCGUCAGUCACCCAGCCUGGUCAAGCAGCAGACAUUCCCUCAGUAUGAGACGAGCAGUGCUGCCGCCAGUCCUUUCCUUAAGCCACCUGCUCAGCACCUCAACGGUUCUGCCGCUUUCAAUGGUGUAGACGACGGCAGGUUGGCCUCAGGAGACAAGCACACAGAGGUUCCUGCAGGUACCUGCCCUGUGGAUCCUUUCGAAGUGCAGUGGGCUGCAUUAGAAAGCAAGUCCAAGCAACGUACUAACCCGUCUCCCACCAACCCUUUCUCCAGUGACUUACAGAAGACCUUUGAAAUUGAACUUUAAGGCUUAGGUAUCUUGUGCAUCCUUGGGCAGGGGUGGAGGUCAGUGGCACGAAGGGGACUUUGUCUUCCUGACCAGACACUUUUCAGUAAUCCCAAAGGUCCCCUGGAACAAGUCUAGUCCCAGAGUGCAGUGAGGGGGGGUGGCAUUUUUGAAAGAAGUGGGAAACCCAUUUCUGGAAAAGAGCUGCCUUGCAGUUAGGUUAAAGUCAUGAGAAAUGUUGCCCUCUGUCUUCCUUCAUCUCCUUACAAGUCUCUGGAAACAGAGAGGCAGAAGUAUCGCAACAGGAAUGUGUAUUCAAAGCACACUUACUGGAAUAUAAAAUACAACAGGAAGCAAAACGAUCUCCCUUUGUUUCUCAGGCCACUCACCUGCCUCCUCAGUACUAGCCUGUCUUAGAGAGCAGGAACAGAGUGGCUUGUACUCGGGCUGGGUGGGAGAGGGCAGGCCACACUGCCAGGAUUCUGGGUGGGCACAUCAGCAGCCCCACAGCAGAAUCUGGGGGAUAAAGUUGAGCUUCCAUUUUGAGUAACAGAAUAAAUAUUAUAAAUAUAUAUCAAAAAAGCCAAAAUCUUUAUUUUUAUGCAUUUAGAAUAUUUUAAAUAGUUCUCAAUAUUAAAAAGUUGUAUGAGUUGUAAGUAAUCUUGCCAAAGGUAAAAGGGUUAGCUGUAAGAAACUGUACAUAAGAUUGAUUUAUCAUUGAUGCCUAUUGAAGUAAACAGAAAGGUUGGAGGUGGCAGAUGGGAUCCCUCACUUGUUUGGUAUCUUUCAUUGUAAGUAGCACAUUGCAACAACAAUCAUGCUUGUGACCAAUUCAGUUAUUAGGUUGUAGUUAUAAAGAAAAGGAAAGAGCAGUAUUGUCCUGGUUUUAAACCU